UGGAGACGGUCUGCUCUUGCGACCGCGCACAACAGGUGACUGCUGGACCAAGUCGGAUGUCAUGCAAUGGACAGAAACAAGGCUUUGAGAUACCAUGGUGAAGAUCAACACGCUGUCCGAGAAGGAAAGGACAGAGUGCCCCAGCGGUACAGCAGGAUGACAUAUCAAGGAGAAAGAAGAAGAAACGUUGGCGAAACAAAGUCAGAAACAUCUCUCGGUUCACAUUUUGCAGAGUCUGAAGUCGUGGCAUAUGAAGAUGACAUGAGAAAGAGGUGUGGAUCCGGUGAUAAUCCUUUGUUAGAACACCAGACCAAUGAAGAUUCUUCCAGAGAAACAUCUGAAUGUCAAAAGAGGCAUUCAACACAAGUUCCUCACGAAUCCAAACGCUACAUGACGAGAUCUGAUGUAAAUUGUCGCUUAAAUGAUAUUAGGAAUGAUGAUAGGAAGACAGGACGAGGGGUUUCUCAAAGUACUGCACAAACGACUCGAGGAUACAAUAAAUGGCUUCAACCAGAGGGAUCGAGUUGUUUCAAUACCUUGGGGGUGCAUGAACAUGACGAAAAAUAUCAAAGAUGUAAGCUUGUGUCAAAACCAAGGUGUGAAACAAGGAAACAGGGCGUGGCUGAUUACAAACUUCCCACAGAGCAAAGAGGACAGGCGCCCACUGACACAAACAGCAAGCAAUUUGAGAUCAAUGAGGUACUAAACAAUGAUCAUAGGACUAUGGCAACAAGGAAUUUAGAAGAUGAUUCAGUUUUACGUAUGCAGAAAGGAAUGACUGGCAGUGAUGCUGCUGAAGAUGCUGAUAAUGAUUCUGGAUUUUGCAGAAAAGAAAAUACGUCUUUACAAAGUCUUCAACAAUUAAAGUGUCGGUCCUCAGACAGUAUCGCGAACUACACAGCAAAUACUUGGGGGUGGUUUCAGACAGGCUCAAAUACGAAUAACUGGACUUUAGAGAGCACCACACUGAUCAUUUCUAUUCUGGCUAAAGGAUGCAGGAGUAGUUCAUCUGAAAAUGUCUCAAAGAUGCUGGUUGCUGUGAAGAAUUCCAAUUUAUUGAAUUGGACUGUGAAUAACAUGCUGACUGAAAUGUCAAAUGGAGACUGCACUAGAGAGGAGGCGACACAUACAUUAAAGGAUUUAUACAUUGUUUUACAACAUAUGAGUAGUCGCAUUCCAAGUAGUGUCAUGUUGACAAUGGGUCUGGAUAAGCAUAUACAGAACGUUUUUCAAACAAUAACUGCAGAAACAGAAAUAUGGAAUACAGAUCUUUCUCAAGAAAUGAAAAUAUUUUCAGAUAUAAAAGGACAAAUACUGAACAGGCUUGACAACGAAAAAGAAAAGGCUGAAAAGCAGCGAAAGAAAAUCAAACCACCUGAUGAUUUCCGGACCUUGUCUGUGUUUCCAAGAGGGGAAGAUCUAAACAUGAGAAACAUACCAUUCCUCAGAAAAAACAAGCAGCAUGGAACUUAUGAUGAUAUGGAUGAAUAUUUGGACAUCCAAUUCAGGCUUUUGAGAGAGGAUUUCAUUCAGCCACUCAGAGAAGGAAUACAGGAAUACUGGGAUUACCAGAAAGAUCGAAGCAUUAGGAAAAGUAUCAAGGUUUAUAAAGGUGUUACCAUCAAAGGUGUUGUGUGGUCAUCAGAUACGGCAAUACUUCACACACUUUCAUUUGACACUAGAGAACUGAAAGAAAUUACAUGGGAAAACACCAAACGUCUGAAAAAUGAUACACUUGUGUGCAUAUCUUCAGACAACUUCAAGACAUUUAUUAAUGCAACAGUUCAACAAAGGAAUUCAGAGGAACUUCAAAAAGGCAAUGUCACUGUGCGUUUUGAGAUAGAUUACAGGGCUUCUUGUAGCCUGUUGAAAGGAGGACCAUAUGUCAUGAUAGAAACACCAGCUUAUUUUGAAGCGUACAGGCCUGUUUUAGAGGCUCUCAAAUGCGUCACUGAUGAUUUGCCAUUCACAAGAUACAUUCUUAAAUGUGAAACAUGUACAAGGCCUCCUCUAUAUAUGAGAUAUUGCAGCACACCAAUCGACUUUUCUAAGGUUGUCAAACAACGUGGAAAAUCAAAUUUGCAGAAAUCAACAAGAAAAACUAGACCGACACUGGUGUCAGAAUUAAAUCCUGAUGAAAAUGGAAAAGUGGAUGUUGGAUCAGAGGAAAAUGGUCAAGGUGUAAACGAUGACACAUGGCCGAAUGCUGAAGACCUGGAAUUAAACGAAUCACAGCACAAAGCAUAUAUAGCUGCCCUGACAGAGGACUUUUCCAUCAUUCAAGGUCCUCCAGGUACUGGGAAAACAUAUGUAGGUCUGAAAAUUGUGGAAACAUUACUAUCAAAUAUAAACUUGUGGCACAGAACCACAGGUGAGAAAGAUGUGUCUGAACAUGGUGUAACAAGUCCAAUACUGUUGGUGUGUUACACCAAUCACGCCUUGGAUCAGUUUAUGGAGGGAAUAUCACGAUUUAUGAAAAAAGAAGACCACAGAAGCAUUGUCCGCAUAGGUGGUCAGAGCAAAAGUGAGACAGUAAAGAACUUCAACAUCAUGCAUAGAAGAUUGGAGAGGGAAAGCAGAAGGUCUCUUGCGAACAUACAAAAUCAACUGACAAUAUGUAAGAGAGACAUUCAGAAAUGCGGAUGGCAAAUAGUCGUCUUAAGGGAAGGAAUCAUUCAUGAAGAUGUUUUGAAGCCCUUCAUAAAACAACACUUCUGUCAUCUCACAAAGCAGUUUGAAAGAAGACAUUGCAAUUCUGCUAUACUUAAUUGGUUGGGAUUUGGUAUCCUUACAAAGCGCAACAAACGAUUACAGAGUAAAGCUGGUGUGGUUCCAAAUCCACAAGAAUACUAUAUUCAGAACCGCCAGUUACUUGAAACUGAAAACAGAAUGUUUGCUCUGACAAUAACAGACAUAACUGAAUCUGUUUCAGAGGGCGGCGAUGGUCAAGAUGAGGAAAAUAUAGGACAUGCUUUGGAGAAACUGUCCAAAAAACAAAAGGAAGACAUUCUUAGAAAUGUACAGGGUUUACUAAAUAAUAGAAGAAGCAUGACAACCAAGGAAGUACAAAAUGUCACAAACAUCUGGAAACUGAAAUGGAAUGACCGACGCCGUCUAUAUUGGUACUGGGUACAAUUAUUACAAGAUUUUCUUGAAACAAGGAAGAUGGAUGAGUUGAAUGACAAGCUUUGCCAGUUCAAAGAAACGGUAACAGAGUACAAAAAUGCGGAAAGAAAGAUUGAUGUGGAUAUUUUGAAAGAAGCAAAGGUAGUUGGAAUGACUACAACAGGGGCCGCAAAGAACUAUGAACUAUUGGAGUUGGUUAAGCCACGCAUUGUUGUCAUUGAAGAGGCGGCAGAAGUUCUUGAAAGUCAUACAGUUACAUCAAUACAUCCAGGAUGUGAACAUCUUAUCCUUAUUGGAGAUCACCAGCAGCUUCGUCCCAAUCCAAAUGUGUAUACUUUAGCCAAAAGAUACAAACUUGAACUUUCAUUAUUUGAGAGAAUGGUUAACAAUGGACUCAGAAUCAACUGUCUAACAAUUCAGCAUCGAAUGCGGCCCUGUAUUUCGAGACUGAUGAGACACAUUUACCUUCGUCUUGAGGACCAUCCCAAAGUUUCCACCAUUGAAGACAUAAAAGGUAUUGCCAAGAACCUGUUUUUCAUCAGUCACUCUGAAAAAGAAGGUAACAAAGAAGAUUCAAUGAGUCACUUCAAUGAAUUUGAGGUACACUACCUAGUUAGACUUUGCAGGUAUCUCCUCCUGCAAGGCUAUAAGCAGUCACAGAUAACAAUUCUAAGUGCGUAUUUGGGUCAAGUUUCUAGCAUAAAAAAAGAAUUGCCACAGCCAGAGUUCCGUGGUGUCAAUGUCACGGCUGUGGACAAUUUCCAAGGUGAGGAGAAUGAUAUUAUCCUCCUGUCACUAGUAAGGAGUAACGUCGAGGAAAAGGUUGGGUUUCUAAGGAUUGAGAACAGAGUUUGUGUGGCUUUGUCAAGAGCAAAGAUGGGAAUGUAUGUCAUAGGCAAUUUUGAUUUGUUGGCCAAAAAGAGUGACAUCUGGAGAAGGAUUAUCUCUGACGUGAAACAAAAGGGUGAAAUUGGACCGGGAUUACCUCUGUAUUGCCAAAACCAUUCAAACAUGGAGGGAAUUGUUGCAACUAAACCAGAGGACUUCAAUGCUGCUCCUGAUGGAGGUUGCCUGCAAAAGUGUGACUACCGACUUAAUUGUGGACAUGUUUGCCAAUUAUCGUGCCAUCCACUUGACAGAGAGCAUAACUUAUAUGAAUGCCAGAAAGCAUGUCUCCAAAAAUGUCCAGCUGGACAUCCUUGUCCAAAGCCAUGUUUUGACAAGUGUGGGAAAUGUAUGUUUGUUGUCAGCAAAGUGAUGCCAGAGUGUGGCCAUCCUAAGGAGGGAUACUGUUUUGUACCUCCCGAAAAAGAACAAUGUCAAAUGCAAUGUGAAAAAACCUGUGCGAGGGGUCAUCAGUGCCAACAGAAAUGCUUUGAACGAUGUAGACCGUGCCAAAUUAAGGUUCCUCAGACUUUGUCAAAGUGUGGUCAUCAGCAAGAAGCUGAGUGUUAUCUCGACCCAAGAUUUAUCAAAUGUAAACACGACUGUGAGAAAGUAUGCCAAGAGGGACAUCCAUGCAAGAAGAAAUGUCAUGAAAUUUGUGGGAGAUGCUCAGUCUUAGUUCCUAAAAUUCUUCCCAAAUGUGGACAUGAACAAUACGUUCAGUGCUCUACUGAUCCUAUGAUUGUACAGUGCAAGACAAACUGUGAGCAAAUCUUACCGUGUGGGCACACAUGUAGCGAAUGGUGUGGCACAAAGUGCAGGUGUAAAACAUUCAUACUCAAGCUCAUGAGUUGUGGCCAUCUAAAGUCCAUUCUGUGUGACGAUAGAGAUCUCCUGAAUCUUCAGUGCGAAGUAAAGUGCAAAACGAACCUGAAAUGUGGUCAUCCCUGUGAUGGGUCAUGCUUUGAAUGUUGGGGAGGACGUUUACAUAUCCAGUGCACAAAGAAACAUGAAUGCAUGCUUGUUUGCGGGCAUAUUAGUGAAAUUAAAGGGACAUACACCCCACCUUUGCAGUCGCAAUUGCCAACAUUUUGUGAUCACGGUCAGUGUGGAAACAAAUGUGGUGAAGAAUGUACGAGAUGUAACAAGAAAUGCACUUCACGCUGUCCACAUUUUCCGUGUCGCAAAUCAUGUGGCAAUACAUGUCGACGUGAACGUUGCUCCAGACCAUGCAAAAGACGGCUCCCAUGCAAGCAUCUGUGUCCUGGAUUAUGUGGCGAGAAAUGCCCAAACAUUUGCAGAACAUGUGACCCAGACGAAUUUUCAUUGAUGCGCAUCGCCUCUAGACACAGACCAAGCUUUGUACAACUUUCUGACUGUGGACACAUGUUGGAUAAGAACUUUCUGGAUUUGUGGAUGCAACCAUUUUUCAACGAAUAUGGGGUAGCUGAAAUAGGUUAUAGAAAUUGCCCCUAUUGUGCAGACCCUAUAAGAAACAAUCCUAGAUAUAAUCAAAUUCUAAAAUGCAUGCAGGCUGAUAUUGUUGAACUAUCCACUACUAAGACAAAGGAAGAAGAGAUCUUUCAACAAGAUAUCGAGAGAGCCAUGCCCCAAACAGAAUUACAUCACAGUGGUUAUUUUGGAAGAUCUAGAUUCAGAAGGAAAGAUGAAUUUAGCUGGAUAACUGCACAAAUUAGAUUCUCACUGUUAGAUGAUGUACAGAAUAUUGAUGAAAUCAUAAGAAAUUGGGAUGCGUCUUCGUCACAUGUGGAAGUGAUCAAUCGGUGUUCAGAGGAUAUGAAAUACUUAAAGAAGUGGAUUUGGAAAUUGAGGAAGUUUUUCAGUGAACAAGAAACAUCUGAUGCAGAAAAGGAACUGAAACGUCAGACGUUACUCUUGACCCUUCUAAAAGUUCUGGAACAUGCUGACAUCAUCAACAGCAAAGAAGAGAACUUUUCUUCUACUGAUACGGAAGUUGAACCUGGUUCUAAAUUACCUGAUGUUGAGCGCCGUGCUGUGGAAAACGGCAUUAGACUCUUACGGCAAGAAGGGCCACUCAGUCCACGCGUAUUAUCCAAGAUAGAAACCCUCACAGGGACAUUGUAUGUGCCUGGAUCUCAGGAUCUACCAUUAAGGCUUCAUGUCCAAGAUAUUGAUCUACCCAAACCUCUCGUUUUUGGAUGCUGGUUCAAAUGCAGAAACGGUCACACAUUCUUUGAGGGCAACCCGUACAAGAAAGCUAACCUGGAUGAAGUCAAGUGUCCUGAAUGUAUUUACGAAUAAAUCAAUGCUGCACGACCAGAAGGUGAAUUGAUCACGUGGACUGAUGAGGAGGACCACACCUGAAUUUGUAGGCGCACCUGUUGUUUCCGGUAUUCUCAGAAGGCAUUUUGGGUGUUCCGUUGUCACAGACUCCAAAGAAUCAUGGUUAUAUAUCACUCAGUGAGCACAGUUUUCACUAAACCUCAAAGAUGUUAUUCGGUUAUUCAAGACCAAGUUGAGGUCGACAGAUUUUAUUAAAUAUAAUAUUCUCA